GAUCCGUUGUCACUCGACCGGUCAUCCCAGCCUUAUAAUUUUUAUCAAUUAUAAUUUUCUUUGUGAUUUUUCGUUCAAACACACGUUGAUAAUAUUGUACAGUGCGUUUAAAAUGAUUUAAAACAAAAAUACUAAAGAGUUAUGUUGUUGAUUUGUGUGUGUAUGGUUCGCUAAGCCGUUGUUAGAGAUCAGUUUUACGAAAAUACAAAUUAUCAGUGAUGUCAUUAAUUAAGAAAUUAUCUUUCCGUAAUAAAACACAAUUGGAACGCAAUGAAAAACCGCCGGUUACGCCGUCAGUUCUACUCAAACAAAACGGAGAUAUUGAAAUGGUUCCGUUUGUAUCGCUUCCCGCAGAGCAUAGCGUAACUUUGUCAUUAAAUGGUGAAAUUUCGUCUGAUGACUCAUUGUCGCAAGUUGUCGAACAUACAAACCUCCAUGCAGGAAAUACUUUGAAUGGUGAAGUUCCUACAAAAGAGUUUCCUUCGGAUGCCAAAAUGAGUUCUUCUGUGCACUCAAAGUCAGAUGACAAUCUGUCGCUCGCGAUCCCCGACGGUCUGGUGAUGGACCCCCUGGCGCCCAAUGCGCUCGCGGUCUCUAAUGAUCUAAUGGAGCGUCUCGGCAGCGGCCUUUCCAUACUCAGGGAACAUGGGAAGAAAGUACAAAAGUACGUGUGGAAGAAUCGAAAAUUCGACAUUCUGAAGAAGUCGUGGAAAUCGAUCGUCAAUGUUGUGUUGAUCGAGGCGAAAGACUUACCAAACAGUCCUGCAAGCGGUACCAACGGACUCUACUGUAAAUUCAGGCUUGGCAAUGAAGCACACAAGUCGAAACAAGCGACGAAGUCUAAACCGAUGUGGUGCGAACGAUUCAACCUGUAUUUAUAUGAAGACAGCCGUUUGGAAGUAACAGUGUGGCACAAAGCGAAACAAAAAAACUUUAUGGGCAGAUGUGUCAUUGACCUCUGCCAGCUGGAAAAAGAAAAGACUCACGACAUUUGGCAAGAGCUCGAGUGUGGCUUCGGGUCUCUACACAUGUUGAUCACACUGAGUGGGACAGCUAGAGAGCUAACUGUCGACAAUGUACCCACCACCAAUGGCGCCCACCAUCCCACACCCCCGACAGAGGAAUACUCAUGGUACCGUCUGAACAACGACUGGAGCGAGGUGGGCCAGCUGUCGGUGACAGUGUACGGCGCGCGGGGGCUGAGUCCCCUGGGCCUGGGUGGGAAGGCCGACGCGUACUGCGUGCUCGAGCUGGACAACUCAAGGGUACAGACGCACACUAUACGAGGCGCCGCGGAGCCAAUGUGGAACAAGAGCUACACUUUUGACGUCAAUGAUAUCACUUCUACGUUGGAUAUAAAAGUGUACGAUGAAUCAAUCAUUGGCGAAACUCUAGGGAAAAUAUCGAUACCUUUGCUAAGAAUAAACAACAACGAGAAAAAGUGGUAUGCACUCAAAGAUAAAUCGAAAAAAUCAAACGCAAAAGGAAAUUGUCCGAGAAUUUUGUUACAGAUGUCUGUCGCCUGGAAUCCGAUAAAGGCCUCAUUGCGCUUGCUUAGUCCAAAGGAAACUAAAUACGUGCAAAAGGCGCCAAAUAAAUUCAAUAUACCUCUAUUAUACUCUAAUUUAAAAUUCAUAAGAGAUAUUUUUCACGCCGUCCACACCGGAAAUGAACAUUUCAAAUAUUUAUUUGAGUGGGAUAAUCAAGAAAAGUCAGCGCUGGCGUUGAUCGCUUGGUUGACCUUCUGGUUUUUCUUCCGUAUGUGGAUGACGCCUCUACUUGUACUCGUACCUUUUAUUUACUUUUGGGUCGGACAUCGGAAUCACAGUAAUAAUUUAAUUUCCGUAUACCCUUCUGAAGAUGAAGCAUCAGAAGAUGAUUUAGAAUCAACCAAGGAUGAACUAACGAUAAAAACUAGAUUGUACGGACUGCAAGAUCUAACCUUUACCAUAAAAGGUGGCAUCGAUUAUAUAGUAUCACUAUUAGAGAGGAUAAAAAAUUUAAUGAACUUCACAAUACCGUAUCUAAGUUAUUUGGUCAUGGUGGCGAUGGUGGCUCUCUCCGCGGCACUCUACCUCAUUCCCGUCAACUACUUGUUUAUGGCCUUCGGUUUAUAUAAAUUUAUGCGGAAAUUUUUGAAUCCUGAUAGAAUUCCAAAUAACGACAUUUUGGACUUUAUAUCGCGAAUACCCGACGACAAAACAUUGAAACAAUGGCAGGAGUUAAAAGUACCCGAGCCGAAUCUCAAUAGGACAUUGUCUUCGGCGGGCCGAUAACACAUAAUAUUAUAUUUAUGUAAAUACUGAUUCCUAGAAGAUGUCCACUAAUAGGACAUUUCCCCCACCAAAAAGUUUAUUAUAACUCCGAAUUAUACGAGAGCCUGAAGAGGUUCGAAACAUGUUAGAAAUGUGUUAUUGUAAGCAACAAUUGAAAUUAGUCCACAUAGGUGUAACCCACAAUAACAAGCCCUGAGCCUAGCCAUUAAGUAUGCAUUUUAUAUAUUGUGAUAAAAUACGUAGAUUUAAUUCGCUCAUUAAUAUAAGUUGUAAACCAUCACGCCGUAGUUUAUUUAACCUAAUUAAUUAUACAUCACUUGUUUUUUGAAUAUUGAAAAAAAAUAGAUCCCUCUCAUGUAUUUCGUUUUUCGUUAUGAUAAGGAUACGUUCUUUUAAGAUUAUUUGAUAGUGAAAUAUUUAUUCGUCCCUACCUGCCGUAUUGAUUGUGAUAAAAUGUCUAGUUAGUUACCAUCUUAACAUGUGAUAUUCAUAAACUCUCAAAUAAUUGCUCUCUUUUAUAAAAAGGUUAGUGAUAUUAUUUUAUUAAAACGUGCCUGGUGAGUUAUAGGCAUGUAAUUAGUUUGUAAAUAUUCUACAAAUAUGUCUUGCUCUUUUGUGCAUAAGUUAACAGAGUCGUAUUUUAUUUAAUUAGAUUUACUUAUAUUUAAUGCACUUACUCGUAAUUCAGGGUUACCGGUUGAGACUUUAAUUUUAGUGUAUUAGUUAUUUAUUUAAGCAUUAUACAUUGAUUGAAAUCUUUUAUUACGAAACAGUGAUAAUAAUGGUAUAAUGUUUAUUAUGGACCACUGAUGAAUUGUGUUUAUUACUUACUGUCAUAUUAUUGAUAGGCAUGAAUUAUAAACAUAAUUAUGACUAGUGGAUUUUAAAUGUUGUGUACUAAUAAUGAACUUAAUAAUUAUAAUAUAUGUAUUACAAAUCAGGAAACUAUUUUUGAAGUAAGAUAAUCCAGCAGAUACACAUAGUUCACCAACAUUCGGACUCACUCUUAAUUUAAUUACAACUUACAACAGGCCGACUCUACAAAGGUUCUCAGUACAUAAUUAAUAAUCAAGUGAAUGUUUAAUAAUACAUAAUAAUUGUAACCAUAGUUUACCAUAUACAUUUUUUAACGUGAAUUUUCUUUGUAAUCAAAACUUGUACAAAUUUUUUUAUCAUAUUUUUUUAACAUCCUUAUCUUUGUUUAUAACCUUUUCACGUGUAAACCAAUGAACUUACUUCGAUAAAAAUUGGUAUGGAUAUAGUUUGAGACCUUGGAAAGGGCCUAAGCUACUUUUAUCCUUGAAAACAAUUCACUUUAGUGGAUCUGCGAACAAAACUCAUUGCCAAUAUUUAGCGAAAAUAGUGAUGUGUAUUAACUAUGAAUUAUGUGGGUGAAAUAUGUGAACAUUAUUUAUAUUUACAAAUAAAUGUUGAAAAAUUAUACCCCAUAAGAAUAGGUAGGAAACACUUGUUCACACAAUUGUAAGCCGCCUAAAAAGACAAUGCCAUAGAACGAUACGCUGUGACGUGUAUUACCAGAAAACCAAUGUGUUUAAUAAGAAUAAUUUCAUUAGUUCUGGUUUAUAAAUAAGCGCAACUAAGGUGUGAUUAUAUAUAAAAAUAAAUGCGAUAGGUAUCUGUUUUAUAAUAUU